UUUGUUCCCUUGUCACAGUACAUAGCCGUGCACAUCAUACCUGAUCAAAUGAUGUCCUUCGGGGGCUCCACUGAUCCCUGCGCUCUCUGCAGUCUUUACAGCAUUGGCAAAAUAGGAGGGCAGCAGAACAAGACUUACACCAAGCUCUUGUGCGAUCUGAUCUCCAAGCACUUGCAUGUAUCUGCAGACAGGGUGUACAUCAACUACUUUGACAUGAAUGCUGCCAAUGUGGGCUGGAACGGUUCCACUUUUGCGUAAAGCUCUCUCAUCUGACCAAAGAGGAUAUUCCUGGACCUGUCCUUCUCCUGCCAAUUAGCAGAGACCUCCGCACAAACGGCCCCGUGUUGCAUUUUGUGCACUCUCACAGAUUGGUGGCUCCUUGCUAGUGUGUUCACAUAUUGCUGCUUCAACAUUCCUCUGUUUUCUCUAUGUAGAAAACAAAUAAAGAUUUAGAAGGAA